UGUCAAGUGUCAAACUGUCAAAUGAUGAGCAAGAGGGAAGGAGGAAAACUAUACACUUUGUCAUUGUUUUUAAUAAUUCGUCGAGCAAAGUAGUACUGUGCACGUUUAUAAAAUGAUUAAACAUUUUUUUCCGAGAACAACUGCGUUACGUUUUGUGAGAAGGAUGUGUACGCCAGCCACCCCGCCUCCGACUCCAACACCGGCAUCGAGUUCUUCUGGUUCUAUGUCGAAGAGAUACCGACCAACAGAUUUUCAGAAGUUUGUCCUUGUUUGGACCAAGAAGUAUAAGAGCAAGGAGGAAAUCCCGACAUUUGUCUCAGCUGAAAUUAUUGAAAGGUCCCGCAGUGAAGCUCGCAUAAAAAUCGCAAAUGUUCUUAUGCUCCUGACUGCUCUCGCAAGUUUUGGCGCCAUUAUGGCAGGAAAGGCAGCCGCAAAGAGGGGAGAAUCUGUCCAUCAAAUGAACAUGGAUUUCCACAAACAAUAUAGAGCCGAGCAUGCUGAAAAGGAAGCAGCUGCAGCUGCCAAGUAGAACAUGACAACAGUUUUAAUAAGUGUUGUGUACUUUAGAUAUUAUUAGAUUAAGUAUUGAAUGUAAUCAAACAACUUUUAACUUGAAUCUAUUUAUAAUAUAUACACUAUAGGCUCAAAAACAAUUAUUUCAAUUCUCAGUCUUCAUAAGUUGUCGGGCUUGUAAUAGCUUCUACAUUUCUCUGUAAACAGCUUUGUUGUUUUUUCACGGAUCACCUCUUCCACACUCAGUUCAGUUUGCAGAAGACGUAGCUGUGGAGAAACCGAUAAUAUUUAUAAGCAUAAUGUAUAAUUUUAAACAAAAGGAGGUUUUUAUAGUAUUGAUCGUAGAUGUAUCUGCUUGUUAAAAAUUGGUUUAAAUAAUGUAUAAUAUAUUUUAAUAAUAAAAAUACAUAUAUUUUAA